UUGACUCUGAUCUAGAUGUGUCGUGGAGGUCGCAUGUUUGCCCCCACUAAAACCUGGCGCCGCUGGCACCGCAGGAUCAACACAACCCAGAAGCGCUAUGCCAUCUGUUCUGCCCUUGCUGCUUCUGCCAUUCCUGCACUUGUCUUGUCCAAAGGACACCGCAUUGAGGAAAUUCCUGAGGUCCCACUGGUGGUUGAUGAUAAAGUUGAAGGCUACAAGAAGACAAAGGAGGCCGUGCUCCUGCUGAAGAAGCUUAAGGCCUGGAAUGACAUUAAGAAGGUCUACGCCUCUCAGCGCAUGCGUGCUGGUAAAGGUAAGAUGAGGAACCGUCGCAGAAUCCAACGCAGAGGGCCGUGCAUCAUCUACAACCAAGAUGCUGGCGUCACCAAAGCCUUCAGAAAUAUCCCAGGCAUCACUCUGCAGAACGUGAACAAACUGAACCUCCUGAGGCUCGCCCCUGGUGGUCACGUUGGACGCUUCUGCAUCUGGACUGAGAGCGCUUUCCGCAAGCUGGAUGAGCUGUAUGGCACCUGGCGUAAACCUGCCUCCCUGAAGGUCAACUACAACCUGCCAAUGCACAAGAUGACCAACACAGACCUGAGCAGGAUUCUCAAGAGUGAGGAGAUCCAGAAAGCACUUCGCGCACCUAACAAGAAGAUCAACCGCAGAGUACUGAAGAAGAAUCCUCUUAAGAACUUGAGGAUAAUGCUCAAACUGAACCCAUAUGCCAAAACGGCAAGACGUCAUGCCAUCCUCAAGCAUGACCCGGCGAUCAAGGCUAAGAUGCUGAAACCCAAGAAGAAGCCCGGAAAGAAGGGAGCACCAGCCAAACCCAAGGCAUAAGUUUAUACAUAAAGACUGGAGUUCAGUGAUAAUAAAAACAUUGGUUUCAAA